GCAAAAAGAAAAAAAAAAAAGAGAAAAAGUAGAAGUCGACGAUCUCAACAUCUCUGAGACUGACGCAAGUUGCAGGCGACUGUCGAUGGAGAAGAUAAGGGCGUGGGUGGUUGCAGUGGCUAUCCUGGCCCUCUCCGGUGUAACACAGGUGAGAUCCAGUGCCUCCGAUCACCGCUACAAGGACCGCGAUGAAGUUCCUCUCUAUGCUAACAAAGUAGGUCCUUUCCAUAACCCAAGUGAGACAUACCGCUAUUUUGAUUUCCCAUUCUGCUCCUCAGGUCCUGUGAAAGAGAAGAAGGAAGCUCUUGGUGAGUUGUUGAAUGGGGAUCGACUGGUCAGUGCUCCCUAUAAGCUUGACUUCUUGACUUACAAGAACUCGGAAAUUGCUUGCAAAAAGAAGUUGAAAAAGGAGGAAGUUGCUAAGUUCAGAGAUGCAGUCUCAAAGGAUUACUACUUUCAAAUGUAUUAUGAUGACCUGCCCAUAUGGGGUUUUUUAGGCAAAGUUGAUAAGGAAGGGAAAACUGACCCUAGCGAGUACAAAUAUUACCUCUUUAAGCACCUUAUCUUUGAGGUUUCAUACAACAAGGAUCGUGUAAUUGAAAUUAAUGUGCGAACUGAUCCAACUGCUGUGGUAGACGUGACAGAAGAUGAAGAAAUCAAGGUGGAGUUUACGUACACGGUAAAAUGGAAGGAAACAGAGACUUCAUUUGAUGAUAGGAUGAAGAAGUACUCUCAGUCUUCUUCAUUGCCACAUCACUUGGAAAUUCAUUGGUUUUCAAUUGUAAAUUCAUGUGUGACAGUUCUUCUCUUGACUGGUUUCCUUGCCACCAUUCUCAUGCGAGUCCUGAAGAAUGAUUUUGUUAAGUAUGCACAUGAUGAAGAGUCAGCAGAAGACCAGGAGGAGACAGGGUGGAAGUACAUUCAUGGUGAUGUAUUCAGGUAUCCAAAGCACAAGUCUCUGUUUGCAGCAGCUCUUGGUUCAGGCACCCAGUUGUUUACCCUUGCGACUUUUAUUUUCAUCCUUGCUUUGGUCGGUGUUUUUUAUCCUUACAACCGGGGAGCUCUAUUCACUGCACUGGUUGUCAUAUAUGCACUUACAUCUGGUAUUGCUGGCUAUACUGCCGCCUCUUUCUAUUGUCAGCUGGAAGGAACAAACUGGGUGAGAAACUUAUUGUUGACUGGAAGCCUGUUCUGUGGACCCCUUUUCCUCACAUUCUGCUUUCUUAAUACUGUUGCAAUUGUUUACAAGGCCACUGCAGCCUUGCCAUUUGGAACAAUUGUGGUGAUUUUUCUUAUAUGGGCUCUUGUAACAUCUCCUUUGUUGGUACUGGGUGGAAUAGCAGGGAAGAAUAGCAAGGCUGAAUUUCAGGCCCCUUGCCGCACCACUAAGUACCCUAGAGAAAUCCCACCAUUGCCUUGGUACAGGAAAACUCUCCCGCAAAUGGCCAUGGCAGGGUUUCUGCCUUUUAGUGCCAUCUAUAUUGAACUGUACUACAUAUUUGCUAGUGUCUGGGGUCACAAGAUCUAUACCAUAUACAGCAUCCUGUUUAUAGUGUUCAUCAUCCUCUUGAUUGUCACAGCUUUUAUCACUGUAGCUCUGACUUAUUUUCAACUAGCUGCUGAAGACCAUGAGUGGUGGUGGAGGUCGUUCCUUUGUGGUGGCUCAACUGGAUUGUUCAUAUAUGCCUACUGCCUGUAUUAUUACUAUGCACGGUCAGAUAUGUCUGGUUUUAUGCAAACCUCCUUCUUCUUUGGCUACAUGGCUUGCAUUUGCUAUGGUUUCUUCCUCAUGCUUGGGGCAGUCGGUUUUCGUGCUGCUCUGUUCUUUGUUCGUCACAUUUACCACUCUAUCAAGUGUGAAUAGAAAGUGGAUUGAUCUUCCCCUGUUUUUGACAGGUGAUUCAUGUUUCCAUGAGCAGUUUGACUUAAUUUAUAUUACAAUGAAAUUCGUUUAUCUCAUAUUAAUGAAAAAUCACAGACUUUGCUGUCUUCUAGGGAUGUUGCAACACUGGAAGUCCAUCUGUGGUUAUAUUCAAUUGGAGAUCAUUUUAGGACGGACAGCUGCACAAUACCUGCAGCUAGAUGCUUAAUCUGGAAACUAAUAGUUAGUUAAACGGAGAUAUAUUUGUCAAUUUGGUGAUUUUGAUAUCAGAAAGUACUUUAUGGUAUCUGAAAAAUGUAGUUGAUGUUGUUAUAUUUAAAUGUUUGAGUACGCUCUUUUAAUUUCGUAUUUUUGAAUGAAUUAGUAUCUCUAUU